UAAUAGAGCAGCCUGAUGUAAACAUGGACUAAAAAACCGCCAGGCAGCAGCGUUUCCGUUUCCAUUAUCAGCCUUCAAUAUUGGAUGAGGAGCUGGCUCUGUCUGGACGCUGAGAGGCAGCAGUGAAGAGUGGAGGAAGGACUGAGGAGUUGAGCUUUGUUCCGCCUGGAGUUGCUGUCUAUUCUGGACCGAGUCCGGUUCGCUGACAUGUAAAUGUUGGGUUUUUCCAGCGGACCGAAGAGAAAAGUGGAUACUCUCUGUCUUUCUUUGUUUAAAACUCAGUUCUCCUCUUUCUGGACUCCAGGGAGACAAAGGAAAGCGGGCUAAUAUGCUGCAUUUCUCCAGGUAGAAGCGUCUCAAUGGGUGAAGCCCACUGAUCCAGUCAUCCCUCCACCCCCGCCCUCCUUUAUUCACCUUAGCUGCCCCCCUCCCCCCACCUCACCUGAGUCAACAUGACAUCCACCAGCAAACUCCUGGGCCUGGCUGAGAUGGGGCUGAAGUGUGACCAGGAGAUAGAGAGGAGAUAUGAGAUUGUCCCCUCAGUGGUGUGCUCCAUGUGCUGCCUCUUUGGCAUCAUCUACUGCUUCUUUGGCUAUCGAUGCUUCAAGGCCGUGCUGUUCCUCACGGGCCUCAUGUUUGGAUCCGUGGUCAUCUUCAUGCUGUGCUACAAGGAGAGGGUGAUGGACACGCAGCUCAGCGUCGAGGCGUCGGUGGGCAUCGGCCUUGGCAUCGGGACCCUCUGUGGCCUCGUGACCAUGUUGGUCCGCAGCGUGGGACUGUUCAUGGUGGGCCUCCUGCUGGGCCUGCUGGUCGGUGUGGCCUCUCUGGUGGUGAUGGAAGAGUUCUACCACCCGAGAACCGUGUGGGUUCCCCUUGGGAUCCUGCUCGGCUCUGGGACUUUAUUUGCGGUCCUCACUCUGCAGUGGCAGCGCUGCUUUGUCACCCUCUCCACCGCCACCUUCGGCUCUGCCAUCAUCACGGUCACCGUGGACUAUUUUAUAGAGCUGUUCGCUUUGGUUCACUAUGUCUACGAGAGACUCAGGGUGGCACCUAAGAGGCCCGUGUGCUGGUUUACCUGGGUCAUCUUGGGGGUGUGGCCUGUCCUGGCUUUGCUUGGAGUGCUGAUCCAAUGGAAAGUCACUGCAGAGGGAUUUUCUCACACAGAGGUGGUUCUCAGCCGACAGCAGCGCAGGGUCCAGCUCAUGCGUAUCCGACAGCGGGAAGAGCGUCUGAAAAAGGAAAAAGAGAACAAGAAGAAGAAGAAGCGCCAGAGCCCUAAGACCAGCCACAAGCAGAAAUCCCACACCCAUCAUCACCACCACCACCACCAGCAGUACCAUCACCCCGCUGCAUCCCACCCUCAUCAUCAAAUGCAGAGCUCGCAGCCUCCCAAAGUCCCUCCCCCUCAGACUGAGCCUGGCUACCAUCGCAAGUCCAACCCUAAGAGACGCUUCGAUGGAGAUGUGCUCUCGCCGAGCUACAUCAGGAGCUUCAGGGACAGACAGACGGACAGACGAGUGUACUCCCACAGUCGAAUGAUGAGCCGUUCCAGGAUGGGCGAACUGGACUACGACUGCGGCUCUCAAGUGCCCCUCACGGCCCCCAGUGGACCACCAGUCCGCAUCUAAAACAGCCAAAAACACAAGUCCAGACCAGACAACACUCAAAACCACAGUUAGGAAUCAGAAACCUUAUCUCACCGUGCCAACAUCGGACUGCCUGCUAAACAACACUCAGAAUGCUCCUUAAAGGUGAUUUAUCUGAGUCCUGCUUUUAUUUGAAUCUGAUCUGAAUGAAUUUCUAGACUCACGAGAGGAGCCUCUUCCUGUGGUUGGAGCAUGAACUGGUGGCUGUUGGAGAGGAUGUGGUCUCAGACACCGUGAGUCAUCACGGACUGGCGUUGACGUCAAACCUCUUUUGUAAUGAUCAUUUGCCGUUCAGGUCAGGAAUUCAUUAAAAUGUCUUUUUUUGAAAAAAAAAAAAAUCUUCUUGCUUGGAGCCAUGUGAAGCAAUUCCUGGGAAGACUGCUGUGGGGAAGCAAUCACAAAACAUUCCACACCGUUUUAACUCGACUUACACCGAGUCAAGGUAGCACUGCCUUCAUCGACACGAUUACUACCUGAUCUGAACAGGUUAGAGACGGAAACUACAUUAAACUGCUGAGACUGGAACAGAAAGGCAGCUCUGUUUUAUCUUUUUUAUUCCACCGUCUGGAGUUGGCGUGUCGUCCUCACUGGUCCUGCGUCACUCAGAGAAACCUGACAGGGACUUCUUUUAGGUCUUAACUGAAUCAAACAGCUGAAACUGGACUCAGUUUUUAUGUUUCUUGACAACUCUGCAUGUCAUUGGCUCCAGCUCCAACGUGAAUGCACCUACAUCUCAUCACUGUCCUCUGCCUUCAGGCGGCAAAUGUCUUAAAGGACAUGAGCUAAAUCUGCAUCCUUACCUCCUGUCUUCUCUCCUCUGUCCCUGAAUUUUAAAACAGUUUCACAUGCUAUUCUUUGUACAGUAACUCUGUUUGCUGCCAGUCCUUUUCCUCCACCUUCUCCCAGAAACAACCUCUAUGUGCUAAAAGUGCUGCCUGACACCUGCACCGACAAGUCUGACAGAUGUAAUCUGUUUAAAGGUUUAAGGGACCAUACAUGGCAGAAAAUGUCAAAUAUACGGUGUUUGCAUGCCAGUGGACAUACUAGCCCUCUGGCAAGUGAUGGAUUGUACCAAAUGUUCCCUAAAGAGAGGGGGGGUCUGUGUAAUGUCUGCAGAACAUGCUGGAUCUCUCUGUUUUUCUGGCCUGGUAAAAAAUGUGAGUUUUAGUGUGGUUGAAGGCGCUGAAAAGAAGCUGGUCUGGUUUGAGGAAGAUUUUGUGGAAAUGAUUAGGCAUGCAAGAAGAUAAAGCAUUUGCACACAGCACCCCCUAGUGUUUACUACUGGACCUUCUUUUUGUAGACUCAAUGUUGAUGUUUGUGUGUACAUGCAUUUGCCUGUGGUUUGCUUUUCAGUUCAGCUAUACUCCAGACAAUUUUAGCAAACAUCCAGAGAGCUGAAGGAAGGCUUUUAAAGAAAAUUAUUAUUUUUUUGAACGUCACAUUAAACACCAACACCAGCAGAACGUCAGGAUGUAGAAUCAGGACAUACACGAGGAAUUCUUCUUAAAACAGCUUUUGAGGUUUAUUUCCGGGUUUAAAGGUUCUGUACAUGAAUCCCUGCUGGGAUGUGAUGGACUCGGCGCUGAAGGACCAAUCAUUUUCAUCGUUAUUGCAUGAAAUCCUUGUGUAAUUGUUUCAGUGUGUCAGUGUUUCAGUGUGUCUCUGUUGUCAUGUGAAAACCAACUCGCCAGUUAUCGCCACAGCUUCCAGGGUGCAAAAAAACAACGAUCCUCAAUGAGAGGGAUGUGCUUCAGUGAAGAGGGACGCCAUAACCUCAUUGUUAUCAGUGACCUCAGUUUUUUACAUUCGUAGUCGUGAAGGACCGACUCAGACUCUGCCGCAGUGAAAACGGUCCAGCUUAAGACUUAAGUUUUUAUUUUAUUCUUUACUCCUCUGUCUGUUUACAGCGUCCAGGUAAAGGGCUUUGGAAAAGCUUUUGGACCACUGAUCCCCUUUGAAAACCACCGUACUAAUUCCGCUUCCUCGUUGUUAUUACUAGAAUGGCAGUCUGAGUUCUUAGGGGUUUUUCUCAAACUUCAGUCCACUUUCUGCUCUUCUCUAGAGUUUGAUGUACUAAUUAGGAAUGUCCUGACACUGAAAUCAAUAUCUAAUAUUGUUCUAAUGCAAAGCCUUGGUACUCCUAAAAGUGGAGCAGAAUGCACAUGAUGCACUACUGAAUGGAUAAAAGGAAGGAUGAGGAAUGUCUGAUAGAAAUAAAACUCAGUUAAAAUUAUUUUAAGAACUGUAAUUGUGUUUGUAUUUGUAGGUAUUUAUGUUUGCAGUUGUAUGAGAGGG